AUGGCGCAACGGAACCUUCCUGAACUUCCAUAUGAGAUCAUCUCUGCCCAUAUCCUCCCUAGGCUCCCUGUCAAAUCCCUGAUGAGGUUCAAGUCUGUCUGUAAGUCAUGGCUUCGACGAAUCGAAGACAAGGCUUUCGUCCAUGCACACUACAGCAUGUCAAAGCAGAAGCCAUUGCUUCUCUACGACGCCUUCGCCUCUCCCCACCUACCACCCAAGCUCUACUCCCUGUUGGACAAGCACAACCCUUCAUUCAAAACCAUUCCCUCUCAACUCUUCCCCCUCCGUUCCUUUCGCAUCCAGUCCAUCUGCCGUGGUCUAAUCUGCCUUGAAGGCUCCUAUCCUCCCCACCAAAUUCAACUCAUCAACAUUGCUACUGGCCGCUUCCUUCCUCUCCCCCAUUCGUCCACUGCAUGCCUGUGCAACAGCGUCUACCACUUGCUAUAUGAUCCUUCACUCAGUGCCUUCAAGUUGCUUCACAUGUUCCAUGACCAAGGGGAGAUUUUCACGGUUGGAAGAGAUCGGUCGUGGAGGAAGAUCCCUGAUACAGCCGAGGGAUUGGUCUUCGUCCGCAGCGGCGAUCUCCGGCAGCCGAACGUGAACGGAGUCUUUCAUUGGAUUAACAAGUGUUAUGACUGCAGCUAUGACUACCAUGAAGAAUCUAUAACAGCCUUUAACGUUGUCGACGAGACGGUCAACGAGAUGGCCAGCCCGAAGACAUGCCCUGAUCAGGAUAAGACCUGCUGGAAGCUUCACAAGGCGUGCUUAGAUGAGGUUGGAGGGUUUCUGAAUUAUCUGCACUUGGGUCGCUGCUGUGACUCCUUGGACGUGUGGGUGCUGAAGGACUACGCUGGUCAGGUGUGGAUCAAGGAGUACAGCGUCGCCGUGAGUUUCAUUCCCCGGAAGUUGCGGAAGGGACAAUUCAAGAUGGUUCGGACGGGUGCAGCUGGUGAAGAAGUUCUGAUUGUGGCCGCGAAUCGUGGUGUUUCUCUCAUGGCAUCUUUCAAUCUCUUGUCUCAAACGUUUCAUGAGUUCAGAGGCGAAGGCUUCGCGUUGGAGGCUACUUUCCAUAUGUUUAUGUAUGAGGGAAGUCUCUAUGGAAAUUAA